AUGGCCAAAAUUAAUAUGACAGGACAGCUGACCUUCAGGGAUGUGGCCAUCGAAUUCUCCGAGGAGGAGUGGGGACGCCUGACCCACACUGAGCAGCAACUGUACAGGGAUGUGAUGUUGGAGAACUACAGACACCUGCUCUUCUUGGGUCUCAUUGUUUCAAAGCCUGAUUUGGUCUCCUUUUUGGAGCAAAAGAAGGACCCUUGGGAUGUAAAGAGAAAGAAGACAGUGGUCUUUGAUCCAGCUGUAUCUUCACAGGACACCCUGAGCUUCCUGCCAGAGCCAUGCAAAGAAGCUUCAUUUCAAGAUGUAUCCAUGGGUCAAUAUAAACAUAGCGUCCUUGAGAAGUUACACCUAAUGAUAGACUGGGAUAAUGAUCGUAAAGGAUAUAUCCAAAUUGAGACUACUGCCCAUGAUAGUGAAAGAUACAAAAUACUUUGUAAAACCUUCCUUUUUAAGACCAUUAGUUCUGCAAGGCAGGGUGUUUCUGUCAGCAGGAGCUCCACUCAAACACUCAAACGUCCAUAUUUAUGGAUGGAGAAUGUAGAACAUCUGGAAAGUUACCGAGUCUGUGCUGAACAUAAUGAUUUGAACAAUUUUGAAAAUAGGAUUGGAUUGACCUUUCAUUCAAAUAUUUCUAAACUUCAGAGAUUUCAGCAUGGAGAAACAACUGCUAAGUGGGAUCCAUUUGAGAGGUCUUUCACUAAAGACUCAACCCUUCAAAAUUCCCAGAGCAUUUUCAAUGGAGAGGGAAUUGCUCAAGGCAGUGAAUCUGAGAAAAAAAUUCAUCCAGGCUCAAAUGUUAAUAAACAUCUGAGGACUCAUUUUGCUGAGAACCAUUUCAAACUUAUUAAACGUGGGGAAGUCUUUGCUCAAAGGUCCAUCCUUCUGUCUAACAGUAUGCAUAUAAGAGAGAAUCUUAAUGAAUGUGAAAGAGAUUUUAACCAGUCCUCCAGUUCUGGUGAUCAUCCAAAAAUUUAUGUGGGAAAAAACCCAUCCAGAUAUAAGAAGCCUGGGAAUACGUUUAGUCAGUCAUCAGGAACACAUAUACAUAAGACAAUCUGUAGUGGAGAGAAACCUUACAAAAGUAAAGAAUACAGCACAGACUUUAAAUUACCAUUGACCCUUACUCACCAUCAAAGAAUUCAUUGUGGAGGGAAACCUUACCAAUGUCAAGAAUGUGGGAAGGCCUUUAACCAGAUGUCACACCUUACUGAACAUCAUAGAAUUCAUACUGGAGAAAAACCUUACUACUGUCAAGAAUGUGGCAAGGCCUUUUCCAUCAGUCAGGCCUUAACUACACAUUACAGAGUUCAUACUGGAGAGAAACCUUACAACUGUGUAGAAUGUAGCAAGGCCUUUAAGUGGGAAUCCAGCCUUACUCAACAUCACAGAAUUCAUACCGGAGAGAAACCUUACAAAUGUGAAGAAUGUGGCAAGGCCUUUAGGCGGCAGUCAGACGUUAUUGAACAUCGCAGAAUUCAUUUUAGAGAGAAACCUUACAAAUGUAAAGAGUGUGGGAAGGCCUUUAAGCAGCACUCAGUCCUUUUUCACCAUCAGAGAAUUCAUACUCGAGAGAAACCUUACAAAUGUACGGAGUGUGGGAAGGUCUUCAAGCAGCUCUCAGCCCUUACUCACCAUCACAGAAUUCAUACUGGAGAGAAAACUUACAAAUGUAAAGACUGUGGCAAGGCCUUUAGCAGGCAUUCAAGCCAUACUCAACACCACAAAAUCCAUACUGGAGAGAAGCCUUACAAAUGUAAAGAAUGUGGCAAGGCCUUUAUCCGUAAAUCAGGCCUUACUACCCAUCACAAAGUUCAUACCGGAGAGAAACCGUAUAAUUGUGAAGAAUGUGGCAAGGCCUUUACCUAUAAAUCAACCCUUACUAAUCAUCACAGAGUUCAUACUGGAGAGAAACCUUACAGCUGUGUAGAAUGUGGCAAGGCUUUUAAGCAGGAAUCAAGCCUCACUCAGCAUCACAGAAUUCAUACUGGAGAGAAACCUUAUAAUUGUGAAGAAUGUGGGAAGGUCUUUAUGUUCCAUUCAGGCCUAUCUCAACAUCGCAGAAUUCAUAUUGGAGAGAAACCUUACCAGUGUAAAGAAUGUGGCAAGGUAUUUAUGUUCCAUUCAGGCCUUACUCGACAUCAGAGAAUUCAUUCUGGUGAGAAACCUUACAAAUGUCAAAAUGUGGCAAGACCUUUAGGCAAUGCUAAACCCUUGUUCCUUAUCCAAGAAUGUAUAGUGGAGGUGAUUUUACACAUAGAAAAAUACAGCAAACCCUUUCCUAGUGCUCAAGCCUCCCCCAGCAUUACAGAAUUCAUAGUAGAGAGAAACCUUGUAAAGAAUGUGGUAAAGCUUUUGGAUUGCUCAACACUUAAGUCAGCAUCCCAGAGUUCAUACUGA